AAGUCUAUGAUUGGUGGAGACUACUACUCUGACAUCGCUAUUGAUGACGUCAUGAUCCAAAACGGCCUAAAAUGCGAAGACGCAUCACCUGGUCCCAAUGAUUGUGAUUUUGAGAUCGAUCUCUGUUCGUGGCACCAGGAGAUUAGCAGGGAUGAUAUAGAUUGGGAUCGAGUAUCGAACGCAAUCAACCCCAAUCCUUUAGGACCACCGGCUGACCAUACACGGGGAGAUGAAACAGGUUAUUACAUGAUGGUGGCCGAGUCAACCAACUUUGAUGAAGAAAGAGCGAGACUGGUAUCCAAUACUAUUCAGAACACUGAUGACUUAGGCGCGUGUAUGGAGUUUUGGUAUCACAUGGAUAAUACAUAUGAUAUAGUGUUGAAGGUCCUUAAAUGGAUCAUGGGUCCAAGCGAUGACCAGGAAGUAAAAUGGCAGAAGGAGGAGUCACGUGGUCCUGGGUGGCAUCAGGUCUACAUACACUUUACGGAGAAACAAUUAUACACGAUAACCUUUGAAGCAACUAGAGAUUUUGUCAGCGACGGGGCAGUUGCAAUUGAUGACAUCACUCUUAACGACGGGAUAUGCCCUAUGCCAAAUAAAUGUGAUUUUGAGAAUGGUGACUGCAAUUAUUCCCCUGGUGCUGGGACAGACUUCUUUUGGACUGUGGUACAGGCAAACUCGGGCGACCCUGUGCCCUCAAAGGAUGUGUCAUACAACAGUGGUGCAGGUAAAUAAGUAUUGUCCCCUUUGGUUUACAGAUGGAUUUGGCGACCGAAAAUGCUAACGAUCAUUUCGGAAAGGGUAAAAGAGAAAUGAAAAUAAGUGAUUUUUGUUAUUAUUCUGCUUUUUGAUUCUGUGACUGUUAUAUUAUGUCACAACUUUUGACUGCUGUAUCAAAAGUGCCAAAACUUUACCCGUACGCCAUGUCUGCUAACAGAUGGGAUGUAGGGCUGGGCAGGUCGCUUGUCCCACCUACCGUCUC